GCGGUCUCAAAUUAAAUUAAUCAAUCGUCGUCAAUCGUCAUCGGUCGUUUCGUCACUCCCCAGUCAAAAUUUUCAAGUUAGCGACCCACUCAAUUUUUGAAAAAAGUUAUCAGAAAGCAAAUCGCGAUUCUCUCUUCUCGGAGGAAGCCGGAGCGAAUAACGAAGAAAAAAAAAUGGCGGAGAAGAAGCGAUGGAUUGCGAUGUAUACGAAGCACAUCAAGCAGAAGAGAAAGGUCUAUCACGAUGGCUUCCUCGAUUUCGAAAUCACCAGAAGAAAGGUGAUGCUUUAUGAUGAAGCCGAUAAUCUACUUGAAAGCAAGAUGCUAAAGGCAGAUGAAGUUGUGAGCUCAGGCGAAUCACUCACGUUUCAAGCAUAUCUUGUGGAUAUAUGCGAACCCAAGGAAGGAAGUAUGGCUUCAUCUGAUCCAAUAGUUCAACCAAGUGAUCAAGGAUGUGCGCGCAAAUCAUUUGCAGUGCUCAGGCCAAAUUUCAAGAAAAGUUAUCUUCAUUCUGAAGAGAAAAAACCCAACAUUGUGAAUAAAUUCCCGUCAAAUAGUCUCAGCCCAUCUCACAAAAUGAUCAGAGUAUUCAAAAAGAGAGAAUUGCACAAGUAUGAGGCACAAAGUCCAGACACUGUAAAGCCGACAACAAAAGGAAUGUCCGAUGAAGUUUUAAGACCGGUGAAUGGUAAGUUAAGCAAGGAAUUUCCUCCACAUAAGCCUUUACGUGAUGUAAAUCAGAUACUCUCCAUUCUCCAGAGACGGAAUGUUACAGAGACAUGUUCUGGUACGUCAAUGGCCUCAACAAAAGCACCUCCGGAAUAUGAUGCAAGCAAACGCCCCAAAAUUGAGCCUAUUUCACCGAAAGCAGCAUCUAGAGAUUCACUUCCUCAACAGUUCAUGGUUCGAGAAACCUCAUCGGCCAAGACAAGUGUUUGCAGAAUGACUCAUCUGAACGACUCUCCGAGUUUUGACCUCGGAAUAUAA